UUGCUCCAACUGUUCGAGUUUUGAAGUGAUUUGAAUCCCGAAAUAGUAUCUGGCAGGAGGACUGUUUUUCUUUUUUUAUCCUUGAUGUCAUCCGCGGUGGAGCCGUAGCAUCCUUUAAUUCCUGUACAACACCAGGAUAAACAACUAUUUUUAUUUUUUAUUUGAGUGCUACAAUAGCAGGGAAGAUGGGACUUCUGCUGCAAUGUGUCCUGCUGUUUUGUGUCAGCGCUCUCAUUGCCGGCUCCGAUUUCGAUCAGAAACCCAUAUCCCAAACCCGGUCGGCUUUUGUGAGGCACCCCAGCGCGGAAGAUAGAACCGCAAAAAUCGAGAAGAGGUCUCUGACAAGCCACAGGAUCAGAAGAAGGAGAAGCACUGAGCCGGGCGAUGCCUGUAAAACGCUCACGGGAUACGACAGCAAGUUAGCCGACAACACUCAUCCUUACAUCUUCGAUGACCUGAGUGGCUCGGUGUCUCUUGCCUGGGUCGGAGAUGGCACCGGGGUCAUUCUGGCUUUGACGACAUACCAGAUGCCCUUCUUUUUGUUUAAAUUUGGACAGUCCAAACUGUAUCGCAGUGAGAACUACGGGAAGUCAUUUCAAGAUGUAACCGACUUAAUCAACCACACUUUCAUCUUGUCUGACUUUGGCAUUGCUAUUGGUCCAGAGAAGUCAGGAAAAGUAAUCCUAACAGGUGAGGUAUCUGGAGAUGACAAGCCUCGGAUAUUUGUUUCUGAUGACAGCGGGAAGAGCUUCACGCACCAUGAUUUGACCUUUAUGCCCCUGACUCAAAUGAGUUACAAUCCGGAGGAUUCAAAUGUUCUCUUUGUCUUUAGCAGCAAAAAGGAACUGUGGCUUUCUGAAGAUUUUGGCAAAAGUUGGAGAAAGAUCCACGACAUGGUGUGUUUGGUGAAAUGGGGAAGUAAAAACACCAUCUACUUUACGACCAGCAAAAACGCAUCGUGCAGUGAUCGGGGAGUCUUAGAACUGAAGAAAACCACAGACUACGGUAAAACCAUCAAGACCAUCGCCAAUAAAGUCUACUCCUUUGGUCGUGGGGGACGCUUCCUUUUCGUCUCUGUAAUGACCAGCCAGGACAGACUGAGGGUUCUCCACGUCUCUGUGGAUCAGGGUGAGACCUGGAACAUCGCUCAGCUUCCAGCUGUCGGUCACGACCAGUUUUACUCCAUUUUGGCAGCAAAUGACGAGAUUGUCUUCAUACACGUCGAUGAACCCGGAGAUUCCCUAUUUGGAACUGUUUAUGUAUCAGAUGACCGCGGUACUGUUUAUUCCAAGUCGCUGGAGCGUCACCUGUACACCACCCCAGGGGGCGAUACAGACUUCACAAACGUCACCUCCUUACGAGGAGUUUUCAUUACCAGUAUUCUGGCUGAAGAUAACUCCAUACAGUCUGUGGUGUCUUUUGAUCAGGGAGGGGAGUGGGUUCCCCUGAGGACGCCUUCAAAUGUCAAAUGUAAAGUCACAGCCACAGAUCCAGACAAGUGCAAUUUCCACAUCCACGCAGCGUACAGCAUGGCUAUGAAGCUUGACGUCCCCAUGCUGCCUCUGUCUGAACCGAAUGCUGUGGGCCUCAUCUUAGCGCAUGGCAGCGUUGGGGACUCUUCCUCAGUGAUCAGACCUGACGUGUUUGUGUCGGACGAUGGAGGCUACUCCUGGAUAAAGGCGCUAGAUGGGCCUCAUCACUACGCUAUUCUGGACUCAGGGGGACUUUUGGUGGCGGUGGAGCACAACCCCUCUGACACCAUCUUCCAGAUUAAAUUUUCCACUGAUGAAGGACAGUGCUGGCAUGUAUACAACUUCACCACAGAGCCCAUCUUUUUCACUGGGUUGGCGUCAGAACCAGGAGCUCGCUCCAUGAAUGUAAGCCUCUGGGGGUACCGAGACUCCUUCAUCAGCCAGAACUGGAUCUCCUUCACUAUUGACUUCAGGGAACUUCUCACCCGAGACUGUGGUGACGGUGACUAUGUGCAGUGGUUGGCCCACUCGGAUGACAUCAGUGACCCAAAGGAUGGCUGCAUGCUGGGUUUCAAGGAGAAGUUCCUGCGUCUCAGAAAAGACUCGGUUUGCUGGAACGGGCGUGAUUAUGAGGUCACGUCUCAGCCGACCCCUUGUGCUUGCACUCUGGACGACUUCUUGUGUGACUUUGGAUACUACCGCCAAGAAAACAGCUCCAAAUGUGUAGAAGAGCCAAACUUGCAGCACAAAGUGUUGGAGCUCUGUCUACAUGGAAAAGAGGAGCAACUGGUAACUAGUGGGUACAGAAAGAUCCCUGGAGAUAAAUGUGAAGGAGGAGAGCAGCCCAAACGUGACGAGAUUGAUCUCAGUAAGAGGUGUGUCAGUGACAUGGUGGAGACACUCGAGUUGAUCGGAACUCGUUCUUCAAAGUCAGUUGCUAUAAUAGUAGCAGUGGUGGUGAUCAUGCUGCUGAGCAUUGCAGGAGGAGUGGUCUUCGUCAGGAAGUAUGUGUGCGGUGGCAGGUUUUUGGUCCACAGGUACUCGGUACUGCAGCAGCACGUCGAGAACAAUGCCGCUGAUGAGAUGGACGACCCACUUGAGAUCAACCACACACAAAACGGCAAAAUCGAGUUUCACGAUGAUUCUGAUGAGGACAUGCUCGAGUGACACCCACCUCCUGCGAUGCAGCCGAGUAAGACGCCUCCUGUCCAGCCUGUGGCCGGCAACUGUUCCUGUAGCCGUCGUCUCCGGCUACAUCUUCCCUUUACCCUCUUGUAGAAGCUUCAGCAUCGGCUACAGAGCCCGUGUCACAUCGCACUGCUGUCAAAAUGAAGCCUGAUGAAUGUACUUCUUACAUUCACUCCUAGAACUUCCACAGUCGGGGAGUUUUGUUCUUCAGCUACUAGCUAACGGGUUUGAAUCUGAUAGAUAUUUAUUUUAGGGAGCAAAAACUAAUGCAGUAACUGCUUAACUGCUGAAAAAGCCAGAGAAAUACAUUGCACUGUUUUACAGGUUCUGCCUCUUUCAUGCCUGGGUAUGCUCCUGGAAGUACUUUUAAGUUCUGUCAAAAUUUGUAUUCUUUUUCUCGUGCACUUGUACAUAAACGCAUCGUCUGUGUGAGACCCGUCUGGUGGGAGUGACAAUGGUUGCAUUGAGCUUUAUGCUAAUUAAUCUUCCAGACAGCUGAAUCUCACUCCUGUUAUUUUUUUUUUCUAGAUAUUUGCGAGAAGUGUCCACAAAUGGCCACAAUGAAGAAAAAACACAUUAUCAAAGACUGUAGGCUUUUGCAGCAUCCUGACAGUAGGAUUUAUGAUUGAAGUAAAAAGGCACACAAACAUUAUGAAAUAGUUUAGGAAUAUUUUGUAUAUUUUGGGAUACUGUCCAUGCAUUUAUCUUUUUAGCACAAACGAUUCCGUGUUUUUAUGAAUGGAAGGAUAUUUGAAGAAAAAACAUUGCCUCAAUGUGCAGGAGAACAGCUUGUGUCUCAUCACGGUUUGUUGGAAACUUUAAGUGCAGUUAAAACUGCUGAAAGCACAAAGAACUUUUUCUGUGAAGAGCUUGUCGGUGAACGAUUUUCUUAAAAGUGAGAUUUUUUUUUUGUCUUAUAUAGCCAUGUUGGUUAUAUGUACGACCAAAUGCAUUCAUAUGAAAGCAAUGACAAAAGGCAAUCACUGUAAAUAGUGAAAAAGUUGCAAUACCAGCAUUUUUCUGCCUUUGAGAGAAGGCAAAUUCUUGCAAAUCACUGGGUUAUAAAAGGUUUCAGCUUUUUUUUUAUCUCCUCUUCAGUUUGAUCCUUUUGUGGAUUUUUUCCCUUUAAAAACACGUUGUGUAUUUGUUGUGUUCAUAUAGGUUUAACAUGUUUAAAGUGGUUCAAAGUGCAGAAUGUUGGGAGUUUGUUAACAAGUGCCUGGUGUGAGAAUCCGGCAUAUUGCUGCUGUCCAUCUCCUGAUCAUUAGAUAAUUCACAGUGUAGUUGGUGUUACAGAUGCAUCCCAAGUAUAAAAAUGUUAAGCCUCUACAUAUUGCUGUUACUCUAAAAUAUUUAAAUCAGGUAAAUUCUUUGAGCAAAUUCAAGUCGAAUAACCUCAUUAGUUUGUCAAAUUGAGAUAAAUUCAGGACUUUAAUACAACUGCUUUGUAGCUGCUCUUCACUAGAAAACACUGGAAACAAAGAUUUCAUGACUUGCAUUUUUUCUCAUGUUAGUUUUGAACCUUCCGUUUGACUUAUAAUUGCUUUAAUGACAAACUGCUUUUGUGAAGGCUCUGUAAAUAUAAAAGUUUGAACUGUUUCUCAUUUCUUUGGGUUCGACAUUAAACUCUUUUUCUGUCA